AUGGAAACCUACGAGGAAAUGGAUAGGGCUCUCCAGCAGGUGUCCAGCAAUGUGGACACCGACGAGAAGCCUCUGGACCCUGCCGAGUCGGCCCGUCUUGCUCGGGAGAGGGGCUGGGCUGAACCGAUUCCCUAUGACUACCAGAGCUACGGCAACAAGGAUGCGAGGGACUGGGCUGGCAUUGCGGCUCGGUAUGAAUGGCAGGACGAAUAUGGAGACGUCGGCCCUCGCAACCCUGACCUCGAACAGCAGCUGUUCCAUCACGAGUACAUUACUCGCGUGGGACACAAACUUGCGGAGCUGAAUGCAUACGAAGUGAAGGCCGAAGUUCCCGAAGGUAGGGAUCGAGUCAAGCCCAUCCUCGAUUGGGAAAGUGCUGGUCUGCACCCAAUUGUGCGCGAAAACAUCAGUCUGUGUCUCUACGAGAGACCGACUGCAAUCCAAAGCUAUGCCGUUCCGGCCAUUCUCACCGGUCGUGAUGUGAUUGGCAUUGCUCAGACAGGCUCUGGAAAAACUGGUGCUUUCCUCAUCCCCAUUCUGUCCAAGCUCAUGGGUAAGGCCAAGAAACUGGCUGCACCUCGUCCUUAUGCCACCAACGCAUUCGUCCCCGCGGAGCAUGCGGUUCGAGCCGAGCCCCUGGUUAUGAUCAUCUGCCCUACUCGAGAGCUUUCCACUCAGAUCUUCGACGAGGCGCGACGCCUGUGUUAUCGCUCCAUGCUUCGCCCAUGCGUUGCUUACGGUGGAGCUCCUGUGCGCCAGCAGCGGGAGGAGCUUCAGAAAGGGUGUGACAUCUUGAUUGGCACGCCUGGUCGGAUUAUGGACUUCAUGAACCAGGUAAAUGUCUUGUCUCUCAAGCGCGUUAGGUACACUGUCAUCGACGAGGCCGAUGAGCUCCUCCAGUCCGACUGGGAAGAUGACUUCCGCAAGAUUAUUUCUGGCGGCGACGUUGCGGAGGACGGCGAUCAUACUUACAUGAUGUUCUCGGCUACUUUCAACAAGGAGUGCCGUCAGCUGGCUCGUACCUACCUGGGCGCUAAUUGGGUCCGGGUUCGCAUCGGACGAGCCGGUAGUUCGCAUCUCAAUGUCCUGCAAGAGGUCAUCUACGUGGAGGAAUCGCAGAAGAAACGAGCACUCCACGAUCUGCUGGUUACCAUGGUCCCGAUCCGCACGCUUAUCUUCGCCAAUACCAAAGACCAGGUCGAUAUCGUUGAUGAUUUCUUGUACAACCACGGCAUGCCGGUCACCUCGAUCCAUAGCGGCCGCACUCAGGGUGAGCGUGAGGAUGCCAUUCGCGCUUUCCGCACUGCUAAGUGCCCUAUCAUGGUCGCCACCGGUCUUUCCGCUCGUGGUCUGGACAUCGUGAAUGUGAUGCACAUCAUCAACUUUGAUCUCCCCAAGACCGCGCACGGCGGCAUCAAUGAAUACAUUCACCGUAUUGGUCGGACCGCUCGCAUUGGCAAUGAAGGAAUCGCGACCUCCUUCUACAGCGAAAAGGAUAGCGAGCUUGCCUCGGACCUCGUCAAGAUUCUGCUGGAGUGCAAGCAGAAGAUCCCGGAUUUCUUGGAGAACUACAUCCCCCCUGACCAAGUCCUGGAUUUCGACGAUGAUACCGACGAGGAAAUCAACCUGGCUGAAGAUACCGGAAAUGCUGAUGCCGCUGCGGAUCCCUGGGGCCAGUCCGAGGAAGCGUCUAACUGGCAAGUCCAGUCUCCAGCCGUCAAGGAAGAGCCUGUUGAUGCGUGGGGCGAGCCUUCUCAGAAUCCUGCCAAGGGUUCGCUGGAGCAGUCCUCCUGGGGCUACUAA